AUGUUUUCUUAUUAAAUUUUAAAUAUCCAACUUCACAGUGAAUGUUAGUAAUUUAUUUUGUAACUGCAACUAACUUCAAUUAGUAUAAAGUAGGGCUGCUGCUAACAAGAAGUGAUUCAGAAUGUCGUUAGCACCAUUUUUUAAAACACCAUUGACAGAUUUAACUGGUUGCAUAAUAAAUAAUCAAAAUUUUGGUAAAUGUGCUGAUUUAGAAUUAAAAUACAUGGAUUGUAUUGAAGCGUACGGUUUAGAUCGUGGCAAAAAGAAAUGUGAAGUACUCAUGGAAGAUUUCAAAGAAUGUCAUUUAAAAACAAAACAAUUUAAAAGAUUAUGGGAAAUGAGAAAAGAACGACAUCGUCAAUAUUUGCUUGGAGAAUCUAAAGAACAUUAUGCAGAACCACCUAAAGUUGAUAGUUUUUAAAAUAAAAACACAACAACUGUGUGUUAUGUUAUGUGUUUUAAACAACAGGUUCUACUGUAAUUCUAAUACAUUGCACUGUAGUUAAAAUAUAAUUGUAAAUAAAAUUAUUAUUAUCUACCAUUCA